GUUACAAGUACAGAUUGUCAAAGUAGGAUUCUAGAAGCUCGUAUGCACCAAUGUAUUAUCAAUGUUUUUCUUCAGAUCCUGGGUGAAAGUGCUACUCCUCGGACUUCUUGCCGCUACCAUUCCGUUCCUCGCAUCUGACAAUCUGCUCAACACUGUGAGAAUAGCUACCAACGGCUUGAGAACACGAUUGACUAGCGCCACCAUUUGGCAGGGGGCAAAUCCUCAAACCAGUAACUCCUCCCCCAUUCCAUUUCAAAGGAUACAGACUACUUCCAGCAAGAUGGCCCGCACACCUGUCUAUUUUCUUUCCCAUGGAGGCCCGAACAUUAUGGAGCAGAAGGACCACCCAGCUUACUCGAAGCUUCAGGAGAUCGGCAGGGAAGUGACACAGAAGGUCCGACCGAAAGCCGUCGUGGUCUUUAGUGCGCAUUGGGAAGGGUAUCGGGACACUAUUGAAGUCAACACUGCAGAAACCAUGCCAUUGAUAUAUGAUUUCUAUGGAUUCCCGCCACAUUAUUACGAGUUCAAGUACCCUCACGUGGGAUCACCAGAGCUCGCAGAACGCGUGAUGGAGAAGAUUCGAGACGCAGGCCUGAAAGUCGAAGGCGUGAGGAGAGGAUUGGAUCAUGGCGUUUGGGCGUCGUUCAUGUGUGCGUUCGAUCCACAAAAGAAUCCGCUCAACGUCCCGAUCGUUCAGGUUUCGAUCUAUGGCGAAGACGAUCCCGAUAUGCAUUACAACCUGGGCAAAGCUGUCGCAUCGUUGCGCGAGGAGGGCGUCCAAAUCAUCACCAGUGGCCAAGCUGUCCACAAUCUACGAGAUUUGUGGCGGGGAAUGCAGACACCGGGAGCGCUGGAUUAUGUACACUCAUUCGAUGAAGCGUUAAAGCAGGCAGUGGAGGAGUCUCCCGAGACCAGGCAAGCUGCCAUGGCUGCACUGUUGAAAAGACCCGAUGCGAAAAAAGCCCACCCUACUUUUGACCACCUGUAUCCCAUUUAUGUGGCGGCCGGCGCAGCAAGCUCUGAAGAUGGCAAUCGGCUGUGGACGAUGGCGGAUGGCAGUAUGAGCUGGGCGCAAUAUCGGUUCGGGGAGGUUGGCGCUUAGUCCGCAUUGCAGGCCCUAGAAUCGUGAGAAGUCAUGUAUAAGAAUCCUUCGGAAUGCACAAACUCGUCGUGUUCUCCCAAUGCACGUCUGUCACUUUUG